AUGCCUAGUGUGACUACAACAAGUACUGUCAGUUCAUCGGGAGUUCGUUUAAUGCGUAAAACUUCAUGUACUGGUACCAACGAUCAAGCUAAUAAUUCAUCGUUUCAACACAAUCCUGACAGAAAAUCACUAAGAGAUCAACCAAAUGUAGGGAAAUAUAAGUUAAUUCGUACACUUGGUCGUGGUAAUUUUGCAAAAGUCAAAUUAGCACAACAUGUUUCAACUGGACGUGAAGUUGCUGUGAAGGUGAUCGAUAAAACUCAGCUUAAUCAGGCCAGUUUGAAGAAGCUAUUCCGAGAAGUGAAUAUAAUGAAAAUGUUAAAUCAUCCAAACAUCGUUCGCUUAUAUGAAGUGAUCGAAUCUGAGCGUCAUGUAUAUCUAGUGAUGGAAUAUGCAGAAAAUGGCGAAGUAUUUGAUCACUUAGUAGCUCAUGGUCGAAUGAAAGAACGUGAAGCACGUGCUGCAUUUCGUCAAAUUGUUUCAGCAGUUGAAUAUUGUCACCAAAAGAAAAUUGUACACAGAGAUUUAAAGGCUGAGAAUCUUCUCUUCGAUGGAUAUUUUAAUAUUAAACUUGCUGAUUUCGGUUUCUCCAAUCUUUUUGAUGGAUCUAAAAAAUUAGAUACUUUUUGUGGUAGUCCACCAUAUGCUGCACCGGAAUUAUUUCAAGGACGUAAAUAUGAUGGUCCAGAAGUGGAUGUAUGGUCAUUAGGUGUAAUUUUAUAUACACUUGUCAGUGGAUCAUUACCAUUUGAUGCACAACAUUUAAAAGAUUUACAAGAACGUGUAUUACGUGGCAAAUAUCGUGUUCCAUUCUAUAUGUCAACUGAUUGUGAAGCAUUACUUCAAAUUAUGCGUAUUAUGGGUUAUCGACCGGAUGAUGUUCGUGAAGCUUUAAUCAAACAAAGUUUUAAUAAUGUCACUGCAAUUUAUCUAUUAUUAGCUGAUCCAAAAACAAGAUUAACUUUACCAGCUGGUAGUCUUUUUCCAUCUAAUCAAUCACAAUCAUUACAUGGGAAUACAGGACUUAAUCAUCAUCAUCACCAAUCCUCUUGUUCCGAAGGUAUUACAAUUGCUGCCUCGUCUACUCCUGCUACUGUUACAGAAGAUGAAACUACUACAUCAUCGAAAGGUCAAUCUUCUUUAGACAAUCCCAAUGGGAAUAAUAACAAUAAUAAUAAACAGAAAACUAAUCAAAAUGGAUUAACAUACCAGAAUAAAAAAGAAUCUGGACAAGACGAUAGUGGAUCUCAAUAUAAUGGAGUACGACGGAUCAGUGGUAUCUCUUGGAUGAAACAAAGUGCAAGUGCUGGUCCAACAGCGAAUAGGCAAGAGAAAUCUAGUGUAGAUGAAAAAUCUCAUCUGCUUCCACGUAUUCGUGUAUCUGACCUACGCGAACGUGCUAAUGACUCUAAUCUGGAUGAUUCUUCUGGUCAAGAGAAAAUCGAUGAAAGUAAAGGUAUAAUGAUAGAAUCCUCUAGUGGUGGUGAUCAGUUAUCUGUACGACGUAUGAAUACUUUUAGUAUGUCAGAUAAGGUUCGCCCGAAUGGUUCAGAUUCUCAGUCACCUGGUUUGAAAUGUCCAUUGUCUAGAGCACCACCAAUGUCAAAUAUACCAAACUCACUAACUACUCCAACAACUAGUAGUAGUGAAAAUUCACCGAUCAAACAGUCAGCUGACAAGUCUUCUUCGUCAGCAUCAUCUUCAUCAUCGUCACCUAGUAAGCAGAAUGGUAAUGAACAACAAACAAUUAAAUUAAAUCCAGCUGUUCCAUAUUCAGAAGAGAAUCCCUUCAUCGGAUGGUUACGAAGAACACUUCCGUAUCGAAAAAAGCAUAAAGAUACUUCAAUUCAUUCCAAGCCUAAAACAACAACUUUACCCAUUACUACCAAUAAUAAUAAUACUAUUAAUAGUAGUAGUAAAGUUCCUUCGAAUGAUACUAAUUCUAUCAUUGAUAUUUUACAUACGAAUGAUCGACAAAAACAUCAACAAAGUGAUGUAAAUCGUCCAAGUAUUCCUUAUUCUUUAUUUAAUAUUAAUAAAACUAAAAAAUCGAAAAGAUUAUCAACAAAUCAAUCUGAUGAUCAUCAGAAGAAUAAUAAUUUGAAUACGAAAAUACCUGAAUCAUUCACUUUCACCGAUAGUCAUUCUUCAACAAUGGAUCCAACAUCUUCAUCGGGUACAAUGAAUUCUUCGAAAAUUACACAACAACAACAACAACAAAAUAAUAAACAAUCUUCAUCACCUAGUGGUCGAAUUGCAUUGCCUGAUUCCAUUUUCAAGGCACUUGAUACAUUGAACACAGAUGAGAAGACGAUUAAUAAUGAUAGAAAAAGAUCUGAUUCAAAAUCACACGGUUUUAAAUUACCUACAACAACGGCAUCGUUAAAAAGAGAUUCAAUUAUUAAAUGGUCAGUACGUCAUCGACCAAACAAUACUAUGAUGACUACAACUAACAAUAUUCCAUCUAUUGCUGAGUCGAAACAGGUGACAACAAGCAAGAAAAAUGUGGAUCCAAAUCAAAAUAUCAAUUGUUCCACGGAAUUAAAGAAUUAUUCAGACUCUUCAAUGACUUUAGAAACUCCGUCAACUACAGUUUCAAAAAAUGGAUCAUCUAGUCAUUCUCGACCAGGACGAUUCUUCCGUAGUCUAACAUUAAGGAUAGCUCGAAGUUUUCGAUGUGGUCGUUUUAAGUCAGGUCAUACAAAUCAUCAUAAUAAUCGAAUUAUUUCUAGUAUACAAAAAUCCAAUCAUAAAUAUACUAAUAACACUAACUUUAAACCACAUAGAAUGAGUUUAUUGAAACCAAAUAAUAAUGAAGCUGAAUUAACUGAAGAAUUUAAUUCAUCUAAUCGAUUACAUUGUUCUUCAUUAACCCAUUCUACAUCAUCAUCACCAACAACAAAAACAUCUAGUCAUCCAUCUACAACACAACAACAACAUCAUCAUCAUGAUAAUGAUGAAGUGAAUUGUGAUGAUGAUGACGAUACGAUGAAAUGUCUUGUGUCAAUUAAUCCAGAUCCAUGGAUAACUAUGGAACCUGGAAAACAACAACGUAAGGAUUUGAUAUCAAAAUGCAAACGAUCAUUAUCCAGUGAAUUAGAUACUAAUAAAUUAAAACAACACCCUAAACCUCUUCAUUAUUAUCCGUAUCAUCAUGGAAUUGAGUUUCCUACCAAUAAUAACACAUCGGCUAAUAAUCAGUCUAUCGCCGCUGGUUGUGGCGGUGGUGGUGGUUAUCAAAAAAAGACCGGAGUCGAACCGUGUUACCUCGACCCUCCAACGUCGAAAACUGUGGUCAUAACUUCCGACAUGCAUAAAUUGAAAGCUUCAACUAUCACAACUCCAUCAUGUACAAUAUCAUUAUCACCAUCAUCCUCAUCAAUAACAACAACAACAACAACCUCAUCUCCACUGACAGUUACAACGAGAAUAAUAAAUUGGAAAACAACUACCUCAUCAUCACAACUUAAAUCAUCUGAUGAACAUCAACAUGAUCAUCAUACUUUUUAUUAUGGAAAGAAUGAAAAUCAAAAAUUAUGGAAACCACGUCGUUUACAUUUUGUAUUACGUCUCCCUAUUAUUGGAACUGAUCCACAUGUUUUAUUAAUACAGAUCAUUGAAUUAAUAAAACGUUAUCAAUGUUCUUAUGAAUUUCUUAGUUCAUAUCGUAUACGUUGUACAAAAUUAAUGAAUCCUUCUUCUUCUUCUUCUCAUCAAUCCUCUCCUUGUUCAAAUCAUAAUAAUAAUAAUAACACUAUUGAUGAUGUUGAUGUUGACCAACAACUAGAACAUUGUACACUAACAACAUCACCUCAACAACAACAUCCCCAGCAACAAAAACAACGACAACAACAACAGCCUCAAUUGUCUUAUCUCAUUCAUUUAAAACAUAAAACUAAUUUAAUCAUAUGGGAUAUGGAAAUAUUUCAAUUAGCUAAACCAAUUAAUUAUGGUGUAAGAUUUAAACGCAUUUCAGGCAAUCGUAAUGCAUUCAAUAUUAUUAUGAAAUAUUUUAUUUUACAUACUACUAAUAUAACUUAA